UAACCCACACACACAAGUUCAAUUCACUACUUGAAAAGCUUCUUUUUUUUUUCUUCUUUGGUUGCUCACCAACAAAAAAUAGUGCUAUAAACUCCCAACCAAAUUAAAAAGACAGUGUCUUAAAACUUAAUCUUAAACCCUUUAUUCUUUUCUUUUUGCCCUUUCUCUCUCUCUCUCUAUGGACUUCCAUCUGAAGCAAUGGAGAAAUCAGCAGCAUGAGUCAGAACAUCACCAACAACAUUCUGCAAAGAUACCAAAACUUGUUAUCGAAACCCAUCACAUGAAACCAGAGCUCUCUUCUGGUUCUGAACCUCUUCCUCUGUUUGUACCUGAACCAAACAUCACUAAAAUGAUCACAAGUGGUACUCUGUCAGCGUUCUCAGCUGAUUCAACUACUUCUGCCUCUACUACUAGAAUCCCAAGAAUGGGGAGUUACUUUAGUUUGGCCCAAUGGCAAGAGCUGGAGUUGCAGGCUUUGAUAUUCAGGUACAUGUUAGCUGGUGCUACUGUUCCUCCUGAGCUUCUUCAACACAUCAAGAAAAGCUUUAAUCUUCUUACGACACCGUAUUUCUUGCAUCACUCUCUUCAACCUUAUCCCCAUUAUCAACCUUCCCCUACUUUGUUACAGACAGGUUACUGGGGAAGAACAGCCAUGGAUCCGGAACCUGGUCGGUGCCGGAGAACAGAUGGAAAGAAGUGGCGGUGUUCAAGAGAUGUGGUGGUUGGUCAGAAGUACUGCGAGCGCCACAUGCACCGUGGCAGAAAUCGUUCAAGAAAGCCUGUGGAAAUCCCCACACCCACCACCACUGGCGGAAGACCCGCCGGGGACGGCGGCAGAGGGACUCUAGCUUCCAACACCGGUCCAUCUCCUUUGUCAACAUCCUCUAAAGCAGCCCAUUUUUCCCUUUCAGUGCCAUCAUCCUCCGUAGAUCUCCUCCAUCUCAACAACCGGAGUAACACUUCAGAUGUUAAAAAUGAAAACAAGGACUUGUUUAAACCCCAUAAUGAGGUCUCCGGCGACGGCAAAUCGGACGGUCACAUACUCCGGCACUUCUUUGAUGACUGGCCGAGAUCACAUCAAGAAUCAGGAAAUGUAGGAAACAAUAAUAAUAGUAAUAAUCAUAAUAAUACGAGCCCCAUGAACACUGCUACCAGCUUAUCAAUUUCCAUUCCGGGAAACCCAUCAUCGUCUGAUGUUUCGCUGAAGUUGUCGACUGGCAACGGCGAAUUGGGCCACCAAGAAGCCCAUUCUGAUCGUGAGCAGUUGGGCUGGGCUGCCACGGGUUGGGCUUCGAACCCAAUGGCCUCAAUGGGUGGGCCGCUGGCUGAGGCCUUGCGAUCCUCCAACUCCAAUUCAUCUCCUACCAGUGUUCUACAUCAGUUGCCUCCUCGUGCCUCUGUCUCUGACACUUGCAUUGUCAGCUCCUGAGUUUUUGUAACCGUUUUAAUUCUAAAUAUAUUUACUUUUUUUGAAUGGUUCUGAUUUCUGAUUAGGCAUUUUGAGCCUACACUCUAACUUGCUGCUCAAAUGUAUAAAUUGCACCAUCUUUUCUUUUUUUGAUCGUUUGUUUUAACUGAAACUAUUGCUUUGUACUAAAGUGGUAAUAGGAUCAUCUUUAUUGCUAUAUGGUUUUUGUACUCGUGUGCUUUUUUUGCUGUUGAGAAUAAUUUGGAAAAGAGUUAAGAGGGAAA